AUGUCACCUUCAAUUCAGCAGUAUAUCUCCCAUUUCGACGGUCUUGAUGGCCUGAAGAAAGUCGACGCACCAUUGCCCUCUCCCACGCAGGGAGAGGUGUUGGUGCAGAUCAAGGCCGUAUCCUUGAAUUACCGAGAUAUGGAAGUGAUCCGCGGCGAGUACACCCAUCACCAAUCCAUCAACCAGGGCUCUGCCAUUGUUCCCUGCUCGGACAUGUGUGGCGUAGUUCAAAGCGUGGGCAACGGCGUUACGAAAUGGAAAACCGGAGACCGCGUGCUUUCAACGUUCAUCCCAGACCACCAAACUGGUCUACUCACUGAACAAGCACUUGCCAGCGGUCUUGGUCUGCCACAGCCCGGUGUUCUGGCGACGCAUCGGGUCUUCCCUGAGCAUGCAUUGAUCAAGGCGCCUGAUUACAUGUCGGACCAAAAGGCUAGUACUCUUACCAUCGCGGGUGUGACUGCAUGGAUGGGUAUUAAUGGAAUGCGUCCGCUUGGUCAGAAUGGCGGGAAGGAUGAAUACAUCCUGCUCCAGGGUACGGGAGGGGUUAGUAUUGCUGGGUUGCAGCUUGCGAAGGCAUCCGGCGCAAAAGUGAUCAUUACCUCCUCCUCUGACGACAAACUGGCUCAAGCCAAAGACCUCGGCGCAGACUUCAUUAUCAACUACCGCAAAACCCCCGACUGGGGAAAAGAAGUCAUGAGAGUAACAAACGGCCAUGGUGCAGACAUCAUCCUCGAAGUCGGCGGUUCCGAAACCCUCAGCAAGAGCUUCAACUGUGCUGCAUAUAACGGCCUGAUCAACUGCAUUGGGUACACUUCCGGCAAGACGCAAGCUGGUGGCGACCAGCCGAAUGUGAAUAUACUUGCCAUAAGCAAGGUGCUUACUUUGAAGGGUAUUAUUGUUGGGCCUACGGAUCGGUUUGAGGAGAUGGUGAGGUUUAUUGAGAAACAUGAGAUUCAUCCUGUUAUCUGUAAGAUUUUCUCGUUUGAGGAAGCGAAAGAUGCGCUGAAGUAUCUGGAGAGUGGAUCGCAUUUUGGCAAGGUUGUUAUUCAAGUUUCAAGCUAG